UAUUGAGAAGAUCUCUUGGACAUCAGUCGAGGACUUUCGAUUCUGUAAAUUCCUUGGCAAAGGUAGCUUUGGGAAGGUUUAUCUGGCAGAACAUAAAAAAACACAAAAUAUGGUCGCCAUCAAAGCUAUGAAUAAGGCAGAUAUUCAUAAGAAUCAGAUGCUCAAAAGCCUAUUGCUAGAGAAGAACAUCAUGAAAUUUGUGCAGAUUCAGAGAACCCCUUUCGUUAUGGGGUUGAUCUCUGCUUUCCAAAGUGAGCAUCGGGUCUUCUUCUCCAUGGAAUUAGCCACUGGAGGUGACUUAGAGUCAGUCAUCAAAAAGGGUGCAAUUUCGCAUUCAUCAGCUGUGUAAGUAUAACGGGCAUAAUACGUCCCAACAUUAACAAAUUCACCUGCUUUUAUGGAUGAAUAUUAACUGAUUUAUUUCUCUUUGCAGAUUUUAUUCAGCUUGCAUUGUUCUAGGAAUUCAGUUCUUGCAUGAGAAUGGUAUUGUCCACCGGUAAGUGGCUUGUAGCUUUAGUCUCGUAAAUAUCAUUGGCUGGGUACAAAACAUACAAAGAUGCUCAAGGGUGCCAUUUAUAUGUGUACCAACAGAAUUGCGCCUUCCAAUAAUAUUGUAGCAUAACAAUAGUCAGUGAAAUAAACUCACUGGUGUUUGUUUCUCUCAAAUAAUUUGCAAAGUGCUGAACGAAUGAGUGCAUAGUUAUUAGAUUACUAUGUUUGCUUAACCUAUGUUAUACGGUUUUGGCAUAAUAAACAUGAUAUAUUUUUAACAGUAUUACUAAUUCCAUUAUUGCAUUCACUUACAAAUGUUUCUUCCUUUACAGGGAUUUGAAACCUGCAAAUGUCCUAAUAGAUAAAGACGGUUAUGCUAAAAUUUCAGAUUUUGGUCUGAGCAUAGCAGGUAAGAUCUUAGUAGAUGUUUUUACAGGUGAUAAUUAGUAAAAUCAUCGCCUUUAUUAGUCUGAACUGGGUUGGGUUAUUGUGCCUUUAUAUAUAUAUAUUAGUAAAUAAGCCUCAGUGAUCUAUAGCUUACAUUGCUUUGUCUCUGCUUAAGGAAUUGGCUAUGGUUGCACUAUGAACCAACCAGUAGGAACUCCGCUCUAUAAAGCUCCUGAAGUAUAUGAAGCCAGACCCUAUACUAGAUCCGUGGACUGGUGGGCUUUAGGAGCAAUGAUCUAUAAAAUGGUUGUUGGGCAUCCUCCAUUUUUAGCAAAUACUUUGAAGGAUCUGGCAUUAAUGGUGACAGAAGCACCAGUGAUGUAUACGAAGGCAAUCCCAAGACAAACCAGAAACAUCAUAGAAGGACUGUUGAUGAAAAAUGGUAGUUGCCGUCUGGGAUCGAGCGCAAAUGGUGCUGAAGAUGUGGCGGCCCAUCCUUUCUUCUCGACAAUAGACUGGAAUGCACUGAAGAAGAAACAUGUGAGGCCCCCAUUUAUUCCUAAGCCAUGUGGGAAAUGUACUGCAGAGGAACAAAUAUCUAUUCAAACACCACCCCAUCUUAUAAUGCACUUAUCGAGAGGUGUCCAAGAAGCAUUUGAUGAAUUUUGUGAGUCUGCAGAAGGCAAAAGUUCAGUCAAAGAAGCUGCUGUAGAAUUUCACGACACAGACGACAGCUCAAGUCUAGAUAGUGAGUCGUGUGAAGAACUGCGUGACUUAGCAGAAGACUCAAAUUCAGCCCAAGAGCCAGUUGAAGAAGUGAGUUCCCUCUGCUGCUGCUGCCGGCCCACCUUCCUCUGAUCAUAGGAGUUCCCUCUGCAGCCGCUGGCCCGCCUGCCUCUGACCAUAGGAGUUCCCUCUGCAGCUGCCGGCCCGCCUGCCUCUGACCAGACGAGUUCCCUCUGCAGCUGCCGGCCCGCCUGCCUCUGACCAGACGAGUUCCCUCUGCAGCUGCCGGCCCGCCUGCCUCUGACCAGACGAGUUCCCUCUGCAGCCGCCCAAUCGCCUGCCUCUGACCCGAGGCUGCAGAGCGAAGGCCUCCGGCUCUGGUCACAGGCGCAGGGGGGGGGGGGCGGUGCCUCACGCAGUAUCACAAACUCCUCCGUUAGUAAAGAGAAGGAUGCAGGGAUUGCGCAGCGCUGGC